UAGAAAUAUCAAUAGCGAUAGCGAUAGGAACAGAGGAUUCCAACAUAAACUGUGUUUAAACUCAUUAAUGUUUAGUGACUUCAGUGGAGAAGUAAUAGGGGUAUCGUAUACCUUUGAGUGAUGAGUGUUCCCGAACGGCUUCCGUGUGGCGUGUCAAUUUUACCUCACCGCUCACGUUUAACCCUAACCUCGAGCUAAACAAUUCACCGGUAAAGAAAAGUGGAAUGAUGUAAAGAAGAACGACGGCGGUAUAUGAUUACAAAAAGAAAGGAAUAUAAGUUAUUCGUUCCAAAUUUUGAAUUUCGAUUGGUCGAUUUUCUUAUGGACUAUGCAUUAUGCGUUAUGCAAGUCUGUGCUGCGAUCAUAACAUCGGCUCACACCGACUCCCCUUUUCGCACAGGUGAUUUAAUGGUACUCGAUGUGACUCUCUCGACAUUUCCGAACAAUUUCACACUAGUGCCAUCGAGUACACACGAGUAUUUCCGAACGACUGGUGUGUAUUGGUACACAUCAGUGAGUAUUUCUGAGUGUAACCGUACGAUACAUGAUAUAUUCCUCUGUUUCUAUCGCUAUUACUUGAUUGUUUGAGCUGACUUGAAUGCAUUACAAUCUAAAUAUUUUUUUAAAGUUUCAUGCAUGACUACGCAUGAAUUCGCUUUUUCAUGCGUUUUGUACUCCAUAUAUCACGAUAAACAUAUAAUACGAAAAAUGGAGACUGACAGAAAUUGGUCUCAUCGCAAACUAAAAUGUGCAAGUCAGGCGGAAAUAUUACGAUCGCAUCAACGGGACGAUGAUUUUAUUAAAUUCUUGCGGGAGAAGCUGUCCGAUAUAUCACAGAAUUUCGGAGUGCACAGGACAUUACUUCAAUACAUUCGGUCUGAUAUUCCAUUUAAAUUAUUAUAUUUUAUUUUCACAUCGGGUAUGGGCAAUCAAACAUUGGGCGAGGAAUAUACCGGCAUAGUGCAGGCUAAUUUAGAGCAACGCAGAGUUCCAACAUUAACUGUGAGAAUAUUAGCUGCGAUUUUAGAAUGUUGUGGUGAAAGGACAUUACUCAAAUUGUUACAACAGUUACAAACAUAUGUGAAUCAUCCACAUAGCGAGUUGACUCCAGCAGCAAUAACAUUUUUAAACACUUUACUAUCCAAGUUACACACAUUAAUACCUAUAAUUAUACUAUUCCACAAAGGGAUAUUUUAUAUUUAUGGUAGAUAUUACAGCCUGGGCAGAAGAAUUGCUGGAUUAGAUUAUACAAAGGUACAUGGACUUCGACCAAAGGAUACUGUUAGCUGGGGAUUAAGAUUAUUCGGAAUUGCUACUAUAAUUCAAUGUCUAUUGAGAAUUUGGCAAAGUGGUACAGCACAAAAUACUACUGAUGUAAAUAUAUCUAAUGCUAGGGGCAUUAAUCACAAUUGUCAAUUGUGUCUAGAAGCAACAGCAACAACUGCGACACUAUGUGGUCAUUUAUUCUGCUGGAACUGUCUUAGCGAAUGGUUACGUGUUAAACCACAAUGUCCAUACUGUAGAGAAUAUGUACCACCAUCAAGAAUUGUUCACUUGAUGAAUUUAUAAUUUUCUGUGAUAAUAGAUUUUAUAUAUUCCUGAAUACAUAAUAUAAAGGUCUUGUAUAUAUUUAUAUAUUAUACAUUUACAAGAAAUAAUAUAUUUUUAAAACGAAUACAUCAUCUUUAAAAUAAAAAGAAUUUAAGUU